AUGUGUUUACGACGGAUGAGUGGGCGAGUCGGUCAGGGACAGAGCGAGAGAAACGCAACACAAGCCCCAGCCACUCCACUCACACAUUCCGAACAAGAAACAUUACCAAUAAUAACAACAAAAGCCUCCACAUGUCCGCCGGCACAUGCAUCAACAGCUUCGAUUUGGCGGUUGCGUUUCUUCCCUUUUGCUCUCCCUCGCACUUCUCGAGAGGGUGCAAGGCACACCUGCCGCCACGUUUGCGGGGAGGGCCGCACCGCACAUGUUUGCUCGAAGACAACCUUCAAAGGGGCCCGCACAGGCACAGCCACGAAAACAGAAAUGCGUACAAGUGUGUACGUAAAUACAUACAUCAAAGCAGGAAAAACACCAACAUAA